AUGUUCCAACACCGCCUCGUAGUUCGCUACACACAACUCUCUCGAGUGGUCUCCCGCCGUCACAUUUAUCCCAGCGAACACCAACCAAUUUGCAUACGCCCAAGUUCUCCUCUCGCCAAUCCUCGCGGCUACGAGAUCGCCUUAACGACAGCUACAAUCCAGCUACAACAACUCCACAGAUCUUUGCACUCAAAUGUUCCAACACCGCCUCGUAGUUCGCUACACACAACUCUCUCGAGUGGUCUCCCGCCGUCACAUUUAUCCCAGCGAACACCAACCAAUUUGCAUACGCCCAAGUUCUCCUCUCGCCAAUCCUCGCGGCUACGAGAUCGCGUUUCCAUAAGUUCGACUCACCGUAAUGGUGGUGUUUCUUUCUUCGGACCAAUUACUGCCCUACACGCCAGACACAAACGAACCCUCUCAUGCCGAGAACUGAGCGAUUUUUUGUCUUUUUCUCUUUUCGUUUUUCUCGCAUCUAUCUAUCUAUCUAUCUAUCUAUCUAUUUGA